AAGUCAGGUGUCGCGCGCAGGUUUGAAGUUUUAAUGUGAAGGAGUCCGGUAGUAGUAAUUAGGAGGUGAGUACGCGUCGCAGCGGCUGCGGCGGCGCGACGGUCGAUAGCUGGAGCGACAGGCGGUACCGUCCCGGGUCACGCCUGCCAGAUCGAUAGCGGCACGGCGGGGGCGGAGGACCCGAACCCGGCAUUACUCGCGCCGCCACGGCAGACGAGACACCUAGUCCGCCGCGAGAUCGGCGGCAGGCGAGCGCGGCCGGGGCACGACGCUCCAUGCGACCUCCGCUCGCGACAUGAGCGGCGCCCGCCCCCGCAGCGCGCCCCUGCUCCUGGCGCUCGCAGCCGCCUUUCUCCCGCAAGCCAACCAUGUCGCGGGCGCCGGUGGGGGUGGCAUGUUCGGCGAUGUCAAUAUAUCAGCCAUAUUGGAUUCCUUUAGUAUAAGUUAUGACAAAAGAGUAAGGCCUAACUAUGGAGGUCCGCCAGUGGAGGUGGGCGUCACCAUGUAUGUGCUCUCUAUCAGCUCCGUCUCCGAAGUGCUCAUGGACUUCACAUUGGAUUUUUACUUCAGACAGUUUUGGACAGAUCCACGACUGGCGUAUAAAAAACGACCUGGAGUGGAGACGUUAUCAGUGGGAUCCGAGUUCAUAAAAAACAUAUGGGUUCCAGACACAUUCUUUGUAAAUGAAAAGCAGUCAUAUUUCCACAUAGCAACCACUAGCAACGAAUUCAUAAGAAUCCAUCAUUCAGGCUCUAUUACUAGAAGUAUCAGAUUAACUAUCACAGCAUCAUGUCCUAUGCAUCUACAAUAUUUUCCUAUGGACAGACAACUGUGUCACAUAGAAAUUGAGAGUUUCGGCUACACCAUGCGGGACAUCCGAUACAAAUGGAACGAGGGCCCCAACUCGGUGGGCGUGUCGAGUGAAGUGUCGCUGCCGCAGUUCAAGGUCCUCGGCCAUCGCCAGCGAGCCAUGGAGAUCUCCCUCACCACAGGAAAUUAUUCUCGGUUGGCAUGCGAGAUACAAUUUGUUCGAUCCAUGGGAUACUACCUAAUCCAGAUAUACAUUCCAUCUGGAUUGAUCGUGAUAAUCUCGUGGGUGUCGUUCUGGUUGAACCGCAACGCCACGCCGGCGCGCGUGUCGCUCGGCGUCACCACCGUGCUUACCAUGACCACGCUAAUGUCCUCCACCAACGCGGCGCUGCCUAAGAUCUCCUACGUCAAGUCCAUCGACGUUUACCUCGGCACUUGUUUCGUCAUGGUUUUCGCCAGUUUAUUAGAAUACGCUACAGUAGGAUAUAUGGCAAAGAGAAUACAAAUGAGAAAGCAAAGAUUCGUAGCCAUACAGAAAAUAGCGUCCGAAAAGAAACUGCCUGUUGAUUGCCCUCCAGUUGGUGAUCCACAUACUCUCUCAAAAAUGGGGACGUUAGGGAGGUGUCCUCCAGGAAGAGCUUCGGUAAGCUGUUCGGAAGUAAGAUUCAAAGUGCACGAUCCGAAAGCACAUUCAAAAGGCGGAACGUUAGAGAACACUAUAAACGGGGGCCGGAGCGGAGCCGAAGAGGAAAACCCAGGGCCACCGCCGCACAUACUCCACCCCGGCAAGGAUAUAAGCAAACUCCUGGGCAUGACGCCCUCGGACAUCGACAAGUACUCGCGCAUCGUGUUUCCGGUGUGCUUCGUUUGCUUCAACCUCAUGUAUUGGAUCAUCUAUCUGCACGUCUCCGACGUCGUGGCUGACGAUUUGGUUCUUCUGGAAGAGGAUAAAUAGAGGGGACGAUGUCUUUUAUCCACUUAUUUUUCCACUUUAAUCGCAUACAAUAAUAAUUUGAAACGAACCGCACUAAUUUUCGAAAUAAGUUUGAAGAAAAAUAGAACUAGCUGUAUUAUUCGUUACGACUUAGUAACAAAGUUAGCUUACGAUGUGUUGUAGAACUCAUCGAUGAUAUAAUUUAAUCCAAAAAAAGAAUUUGUAGAUAUAACAGCACUAUCUAGUACCUAAUUAAUUAAAUUUAAUAAUGUAAUGAAAAUGUAAAUAACGUGUCGAGGAUAUGUAAAAUAUGGACGUCUUAAUGUAAGAUAAUAAAUCUCUUUUCUUGGAGUCUGAAGUAGUAACUAAACGACUGAACAUUUUAGAUAACAUGGACAAGACGUGUUUUAGUUUCCGUAGUGACAGAGGGCGUCGCAGUGAGUGCGAGGCGGCGCGCAAGCGUCGGCGCGGGAAUUGCCGGGCUGCCAGUUCGAUUGUGAGACAGUUUCCUGGUGGUCAAACUGUAAAUACUAGCUUGCCGUAUGAGUAGGUGUUUAUUAUAAGGCUUUAGAAAUAAAUAUAUUUACUAAACGAACCCAGUAAUUCAAUCAUCUGGACAUUUUUGGAACACAAUGUUGGUUCCACAUUUUCCAAUUUUCUUAUUAAGAUUUUGACACAGUGCAAUUUUUCGAAGUAAUUGGAAAAAGUUCCUAAACUAUUGAGUAGCAAAUGGUUGUAUGAAAUAAAAUUAAAUCGUUAAAUUAAAGUUUCAAAUUAUUAUUAUUUCUGUGGUAAAAUGAGUGGAGUACAAAAUAAUGUAUGAUUAAAUCUGAUGCUCAAAUUUCUCCGCUUGAACAUAUUAAUUACUUAGUUGUUGUAGUUUUGUAGGUAUGUUAAAAACUUAGUUGUUCGUUUAUUCUUUGCUAUUUUCUACAUUGUUGUGAUAAUAAUAUUAGAUGUUUUCUGUUGGAAUGUAGUGCAAACCUAUCCAAUUCUAUCCAUUAAAUAUAUUUUGUUUCAUUUUAAUACAAAUUUGUAGCUAGGUGUUGUAAUUUAUAUAUGAUAAAUGUUUCAAAUCAGCAAUAAUUUAAGCUUCUCAUUGAAAAUGCACGUCGAUUUUAUGACACUGGAACCCAUUAUAAUUACAAGCCGACAUAUCUAGUUACCAAUUGGAUACAUUAUUACAAAAAGCAAAAAAAAAACUUACCUAUAUUGAAAAUAAAUUAAACCAUGUCAAAAGUCGACUGCACUUGCGAACGACUAACACCGUUAAACGAAGAUACAGGUAAUUCAUAAUUUGCUUGCAGUAAUAUUAUAUGAUCAUAAUUAGUUUUGUCACGAUAGUUUGGCUCCAUCAGCGGUGUGCAUGCGCGACGUUAGUAAAGUUAUUGUUGACCCUUCUGAUAACUCCAGCAUGCGUACUCAACCUACCUCUGCGCCUUUCACUUUGUUUCAGUCAUGGUAUGUUUACCUUUAAAUAUUAAUUAGGCGAAACAUUUAUUUCGUUGAAGGAAUUGUUGAGAUUAUAAUAUGAAUGAAUAAGAUUAAUAUACUAUAACACGUUAAUUUUUAUAUUUACAUUGAAAUAUUUUAUAGUCUAGAACCGUGAGACGAUUGUUUUUUAUCGCAACUAUUUAUAAAAUAGUGAAAAGAGUUUUGCACUAAGGGAUGUUGAAAGAGUGUUGUUGCCCGAGUAAUUUAUCAAUAAGUAAUUCAUCGCUAGUUUCAACCCAAACAGUAAAGUUAUUACAUCACUAAACAACGUCAGUCAAGUAUCGAUUACAUAAUAGAUAAACAUAUACUUCUAUAUCAACCAUCCCAUAAAAAAUAUGUCUAAAGAUCUUUUGUAAGCAGCGUAUUAUUUUCCAACUAUUUAUUCGCUUCCUAGCAUGCCAAGCCUACGUGCGCUUAGUUAGUAUGUCAUUCAAUGUUUUUAGGUUAUUUUAAUUAAACGGUAAGAACUUAGUUUUGAACGUAUCUUAGUUUCAUCGAACUACUCCCAUAAUUAAUUGCAUAAUUUUUGUUUAAAAAAAAAUUACGCAAGUUUUACUUACCAAUUUUUACAUUUUUAUUUAUCAAAUUAUUACCUCCAUAGAAUAGGCGCACAGUAGUCUAUGCAAUGCUUUCCCUAAUUAGUUGGAAUUAGUGUAAUAUUUAGCUUGUACCUCUCGCUAGAAGUAAGCUCUCGUAGCUGGAAGCAUUAGGUUGAGCAUUAGAACCGUUGGUGGCGGGGAAGCCGAUUCGUGAUCGCAGCGGGUCUGGCACGUCAUGGCUUACUGCCACAACGUGCUCCGCGUUACAAAGCAACGAGCGACUUCCCCCCAACAACGUUCGCCGGUACCCUCGAAUAUCUGACAAGCAGGGCUCCUGUCAUCAGCUGCGAAUUCGCGAGAUCGUGUUACUCUUAGCGGGUUCCAUAAGAACGAAUAUUUAAUUUAUAUAGCUUUUUAACUUUUACAACUACCUAAAUUAAAGCUCUAACACCAUAUAAAGCAAACAACUGCCGUGUGAUCGAAAACAAAUAGUUUUUUUUUUUUGAGUUAAAUUGUUUUUCGAUUUAACUAAUUAAUUAUACACACAUUUAUAUUAAAAGGAACCCAUUAAAAUACAUUCUUCGAGUGUGCUAUAAUUUUAGUAUUCAGAUGCUAUUGUCACUUGAUUGUUCAAUACGUUGUGGCGAUGUUUGUCAGCGACCCGUCUGCCGUGGGGGUCGUGUCGCUCGCCGAGCUCACAGAUCCGUAGAGACGUGGUGCCCAAAAUUUAAACAAAAUCAGAAAGUUUUAGAAACAGGAAGUAGCAUUAUAAAUUUUAGAUGUCUACUAAUUAAUAUUGUACUAAAUAAGUACGUUUUAGAUUAACUUUACUUAUAUUACUUGAAGUAUACCAGGCACUCUGAUAAUAACGGCACCUCUUAAACUGUAUACUCACUUUUUAUUUAAUUGCAAACCGUUACUACAUUCUAAAUUAUAAUACUUACAGAUAAUUGAUAGAUUAAGAUUUAGGUUCGCUGGUAGACGUUUGAGAGUAGGUACUACGGCGUAGCCUCUGCUUCGUCUCUCCGAAACGAAAUUCUAAAAUAUUUGUCUAGUGAUUAGAUAUAAGUACGAGACAAAUAGUUAUAAGGAAAUGUAUCUUAGAUAUUAUUAUAUACAUAAAUACUUAUAUUAUAUACAACAGUCACAUCCACGUUAACGUCACAAAUAAGGUAAAUAAUAUUAACGUAACUCGAUGGCAGCCGUCCGUCGCCGUAGUCGGCGGAGGUUCCGGCAACUGACAGCCGGUUGUUGACUAGGUGCGAUAUAGACGAUGCAGACAAGGCAAGGGCGGCCCGCGGACGCGCGAGAGGUGCCAUGGCGCGCGGUGACGCCCCGCGGGCCUACAUUAUCCCGACAAGUAGCCACCUGUCCUGUAUUUGUAUAUUCUAUCGAACAGAAAAUUGUAUCGAAGUUCUAAAACAAUAAUCCACCAAAGAGUACUUGCCUAAACGUAAAAAAUAUACCUACUGUGCAAUAUGCUAGUCAAGUCAGUCGGAGAGUAAUAAGUAGGUAAACCAACGGAUGAUAUUUUAGCAUUAUCACCACGUCGUAUGUAGGUAAUAUGAAUUGCUCAGAAAAUAAAUAGGAACACUUUGCCUCAUGUAUUUACUAAAUGAAGUGUAUAAUAUAACUCCGUGUAUAAAACUAAAACAUAGAUAACCUAAGCUCAUUAAAAAGUAUAUUUUGAUGUUAUUAACAGAUUUUUUGAGAUUGUUCAUUUGUCUACGUAUUUGGAAAUAUAUAUUUACUGCAUAGAUUUCACUUAGGAUACCUACGUUCAUUUGGGGAGUGACUGCUUAAAUGAUAUUUGUUUUUUGACUAAUAUGUUAUAUUUAUAAGUUUUGUGUUAUAUCAUUUUUCUAAUAAGUAAAAGAACGCUAGGUAAUUAACGUGUACAGUCUGCCCGAGAGGAUAGUUUAUGUGCUCAAUACGUGACGCUAGUCAAGUCAAUUUUUUUAGGCUAUUGAACGAAUAAACUAUUGGCGAACGCGACAGGAGAGGGGCGACAAUAACAAAGGUAUAACUCCUCAAGUACCAGAAGUACAAAUGUUCGUGCUACAGUCAGCCCCCGAACCGUGCCGAGUACUUUCGAGCCACGACGUGGUGCGCCAAGUCUGAAGUGCCCAGCUAGCAUGGUUUCGUGUCUGACUGUAUGAGUCUGAUUUAACGUUUCGUUGACAAGCUGAUUUUAUUACGUACGCUUCAAAAGAUAUAUCAAUAUUUUCUAAACGAUAUUAUAAAAAUUUAAGCGAUUACUUGAUACUUUAAAGUAAUUUUAUAUCAGUUUUGAUGGAAAUUACAAUAAAUUGAAUAAUAGAAUCACUUAAUAGUAAAAAUGAUUUUAGAAAAUAAUAGACAUCGAGGAAAAAUAUGAAAAAUUGUUCGGAAGACCUUUGCAGGUUUGCUUGUACGUUUUUCGUGACGAGAAAUAUAGCUCCGAUACUGAUCGCAUUGAUUAUACUCCUGGAAUGAGUUCGUUUCAAUAGGCAUGCCGCUAAUGAUUCCUUUGCCUUUAGCCUCGGAAACCGUAUACGAUCACAACGAGGCUAAGAUGGCGAAUGAAACACAUUUGUUAUUCCAUGGCGAGUACCUACACUGCAUAAUGUAAAAAAAUAUGUUUACGCUUUUUGGAAGCUUUCAAUGAAGGUAGUACCUUACCUACCUAUAUUUUACAUGUGAUAAAUUUAAAUCCAGUAAUCAAUUAUAUCUAUGAAUCCUGAUUAGGUAUAUGAAUCCACUUCCAAUUGCUGUUUAUUUUUUUGCCCGUUUGCAGUGCGGUACAUUACACAUCAACUAAAUAGGUUCUGUAUUAUUCGGACCCAUGAUUUGACCCUGCAAGUAAUAAAGCAAUAAAUAAUUUCGGCACCCCUAGGACACAUCGGCGCGGCGAAGCCAUGACGAAAUUGAUUAAUUUUAAAGAGACUUAGUAGUCUAUAUAUUUCUCGCGCGACAAGCUAUCGCGGCGCACAUGCGUUAGGGGUACAGGUGUAUUAAGGGCGACUGAAUUGAUAGUAGUAUUUAGUCUCCAUUGCAACAUAAAUUCUAAAGAAGUUUACAAUAGCAAUAAUUACCAGUACAGUUCAACCUGUAGAUUUCGUGUCUUAUAAAAACAUACAAAAUAGUAUGUAAUUAUGUUUCGUAAGAACACAAUAACGACAUUUUCGUAUAGGGUAGAUACGUAAGUAUAAAUUUAGCAAUCGUCUUUAAAAUACGUUCGACGCGCGACGGAUCUCACAAACUAAUUUAAACCAAGUCACUAACAAUACUUUCACUUUAAACCUUAGAUAUAAUACCCUCUGCACAAUUUUUAUAAUAAUAAAUUAUAAUUUGGUUGCAAUUAAGAACCACACGAAUUGUAGUUUAUUUAGAAAUUAUCACUUAACAUCAGCGUUCACUUAAGAGGUAACCUAUUAAUUUCAUUCAAAUGCGUACAUAAUAUAAAAGUUAUAUUACAUAUUCCGUAUUUCCCACGAUUUUUAAUACUUAGCACGUUUCGGUAUGAGCUGCGUACUGCCGCAGCCGCUCUUCUCCAUUCCAUUACAAAAAGUGCAUAAUACUUGUGUAACCUAAACAAAUUAAACCCACUUAAAUUCGUAUAAUAAAAAUAACAACGUCACAAAUUAAUAACCUAGAAGGUCGUUAUUAGAACAUACAUGACAUCUCGCAUAAAUACAUAAUAAAAUAACAAUAAUUAAUCAAAAAGUUAGCAGUGUCCCAUUGACUCAUUAACACCAAGCAACAUACAAAGUAGUUGUUAAAAGAAAUAUAUACAUACAUAGGUACGUAUAUAUAUUAUAGCGAUAAACUAUGACUGUAGAUUGAAAUGUAGUGUUUAAUUACAACGAUGCUGUAAUAAGGAUAUAAAUUCUAAAUCAAUAAUGAAACUAUAGAAUGAAAACAAAGUGCUUACCGUAAACAUAAUAAAUAAUGUUGAUAAACAAUGGUGACGUGCAUUCAGUCUGAUGCCGCCGGCUUGAAUCCCGGUCACCGGGGGUUUUAUACUCAGGCUCUACGGUGCUUCUGCGGUGGCAGACAUUUUGCAGAAUCAUAUGGUAGACUAUGGGUACAGACUAUAGAUUAAAUGGACCAGUUGUGCCUACAGAUAUUAACCUGGAUGAUUUUAUAUACCUAACCUAUGUGCUCCACUAUUGUUCUGCAAAAUUUCCAGCUGUAUUGAUUGUUGUAGUAAAAUCCCUCGUUGAUUGAAUCAUUGCGCCCGCGCGCCCGCGAAAGUCGCGUCGCAAUAGCCCGUGAACGACUAAUCCAUGUGUACGCUUUAUAAACGUGUCGAGUAGUCACUAAGUUGUUUUGUAAUCUACACCUGUCCCAGUAAAUUGCAUUGGUUUCCAAUCGGAUAGAUGCUGACUACACGAAAUGGGAAUGUAAACUUAUCAAAAUAAA